UCAAGCUUUAAUGUCAACAUAACAUUGCUUUCAACAAGCAGGGCAACUUUGUCCCUUCCUUUAUUACUUUACAGCUUAUUGCGGUUUACCAUGUUAGUAAUGCACUUUUCAAUAUAAUCCUCAUUAUAAACAUGCAUAUAGUUUGUUGUCUUUUUAAUUGAGUAGACACUUCUGGGCAGUUAGACAGACAUUUGAACCAUUUGCUUAUUAACCCUGUUAGGUGGAUAAUCCUAGAUUAUCGGUCUCUUAAACCGUGCUGCAGUUGUAGAAAGGCCAUUAACUAAAGCAGCAGUAGUGAGUGCACGGUGUUGCUACUUUCUACAGUUAUUGCUAAAGCUGCAGCUAUGGAUGGGGAAUCUUACCUCCUCCAGUACUGGGGGUCUCUCCAGUACAGCCUGUGUACAACUUGUUCAGGAGAUGGUGUCACAGAACUGUGUUGUCAUAUUCUCCAAGACCACCUGCCCCUAUUGCAAAAUGGCCAAAAAUGUGUUUAAUGAAAUUGGUGCCAAUUACAAGGUGAUUGAACUGGACCAGCACAACGAUGGGAAGAGACUUCAGGAGGCCUUGGCACAGUUGACUGGUGUCAGAACAGUUCCAAGAGUUUUUGUGAACGGGAGCUGCAUUGGGGGCGGCUCUGACACCAAGCAGCUCCAUCAGCAGGGAAAGUUACUGCCCCUCAUCGAGCGGUGCUCCCCCUGCUGCGUUACCGAGGGAUCAGGCAGUGGACACUUUGAACCCUCUAAAUGACUAACCGUCGUUGUAGCCUUUUUAAAUCCUCUAUUAUUUAAUGUUUUGCUUAAUUGUAUACUAGCAGUUACAAAUUUUAUGAACAUGUCCAUGCUCUUGGUUUAUCAAAGUCAAACAAAUUGUUGAUGUCUAAUUUGCUUGUAUUUUCUCAGAGGUGGGAAAUGUUAGUAUGCAUUUUAUUAAAAUCUCCCAUCUUAAAACAUUAAGUAAACUCUGAAAGCACUCCCGUUCCUUUGUUGAAUUACAAAAUGAAAGGGGAAAAAAAUAGUUUUAAACUUUAAUAUGUACUGGAAUUGGGAUACCUGGAAAUAUUAAAACACCUGACUAUAACUUCAGACACACACUUUUGCUAUGCUGCUAGUCUGCAAAUUUUGGAGAACAACAUUAUGUGUAUCUAAGUAGCUUAUUGCUUUGUGACAUUUUAGCAAUAGCUGUGAAUGUCUGAAUGUUUACUAGAGAAAAGCAUCGAUAAAGAAUCUCCAAUGCAUGUCAAAGUGUUUACGGUUUCAGGUGAGCCUAAAUAGGAGAAAAUAUUUUUAUUCCUGUACAUCAGAUGUAUAUUAUUUAAUAAACAUAAAAGACAGACCUUUC